GCCAUCAAGCAGUAAACUAAACCCAAUAACAAAUUCCUGGCUUUCUUUAUUUUAUGACUGUUUAUCGGUAUCUUCGUAAAUUUUUGUGCAAGCUUUCUCAAAUCUUGGUCAUUCUCAUGACACUGUCAGAUGCGGAUUUGACGCAAGGCUCUGUGCCCGUGUGUUUUCACUGAUCCAAAGGGUUCUUCGUGCUCCAUCUCGCCUACGGUAAGCGGUAUACCGUGGCCAACCAACUUUUCCUACAAUCAUCUUGAAGAAUCAUGGCCCGGAAUCCGUCAUCGUCCACUGCUCCCGCACAACCCGUGCCAGGACUGGUCGACAGCCUUAAAGAGUGGCUGGUCAGUGGAGAGUUGAGUGAUGCGCAGUUUACAGUGGGUCGUCACUUCGGACCAGCCAAACUUUAUCACGUUCAUAAGUUUGUUCUGUGUCUGCGUAGUCCCGUAUUUCGUGCCAUGUUCCAUGGAAGUUUGCCCGAAAACACUGCAGCGGUUAUUGACAUUCCGGAUGUUUCUCCCGUUGCGUUCGGCAAUAUGCUCAGUUUCAUGUACACGGACAUGGUGGAGUCUCUGCAUGUGGACAACGUCUGCCAGACGUGGUCGUGCGCGGACAAGUACGAUCUGCCGUUGCUGAUGGAGAAAUGCAGCUGUUUUGUUAGCACCCAUUUGAAAGUGGACAACUGCUUAACCCUCUUGGAAAAUGGAGUUCAUAGCCAUGCCGAGAAACUUGUGGAGCGUUGCCUCGAAUUUGUGGAUCAGUCCGCUGACGUCAUCGUCCCAUCGAAGGCCUUUGCGGCCAUUGAACAGGGGACACUUAUUCUGCUUCUGCAGCGUGACACGCUGUCUACGACCGAGCAUGCGGUAUAUUUGGCUGUUGAGAGAUGGGCGCGGAAGGCGUGCAAUUCCCGCAACAUGGAUCCAUCCGCCACCAAUCGUCGUCAGAUGCUGGGUGAAGCGUUAUUUCUCGUGCGCUUUCCACAGCUGACGAACACACAGUUAGCUGAUGGGCCCGUCAAGAGCGGCUUACUGCUCCACUCGGAGUUACACGACCUUUACCAGUAUAAAUUCGCCACGGGCAAACCAGCGCUGCCCUUCUCCACGAAACCUCGCCGCAUCUAUUGUCAUCGUGUCGGAGACGUGACAUUCCGGCAUAAGGAGCCAGUGUUUGUCGGUGAGGCGGAUCGGGUUCACUGGGUCCCAGCGGAAAUCAUCGGCGUUCGUCAGAAUGAGUUUCUCUACAUGAGCCGCAGUUGUGUUCAUUCUGCUGAUGGAGAGACGGCAGUCAGCUGGAAUAUCGUGCGAGCUGCCGAUAUUCUCCACCCAGGCCAAGAUGUGGUGGCCAAACUGUUCGAGGACGGAUUGUGUAAGGUGAAGUACGAUCGAGCGCACGAACAUAUCCGGCACAUUGUUAAUUACCGUGGUCGACAGUAUGCUGUUGCCUUCCACCGUUUGCUGUUUACAAAUCGUCAAAUCACGGAAUUCAUGGCCAACACAGAGAUAUGAGGCUGGAAUGUACUGGGAUGUUGUUGCGCAUGAGGGUUCUUGUAUGUAACGGUUUAAUAACGGA